AUGAUCAAGCAUUUCAUCGAGGGCCAGGGUUUGGGUGCAAAUGUCACAACAGCCUCCACUCCCCUGCUUACUGUCGCUUCAUCCCAUUUACGCCUCACAUGGACGAGUUACAAGUCGCUCGAUCGUGUUGCCAUCCCACCACAGCCACGUCGGAUCAGCUUGAACAGCUAUCCAGCCUCACCUGAGACGGCUCUCAUAACGUUCCAACUGGUCACUUCGAAAGUGCUCGAAGUCUACGGUAUGGAUGGAACGAUUAGCGAUCUGGUUCUAGCUCCUUUCAAGGAUAUUGUGGCACAAGGGAAUACAGCCAUCAACAACGCAGUGGACAGUGGAGAUGACGACAUGCUCAGAGCUGCCCAAGUCCUUGUGAGAGAGGGAGAGCGAGCUCUCAAAAAGAUAGAGCCGGUAUGUCAGAAAAGCUACGAAGAAUAUGGCCCAAACUUUGUGAAUGCGUUGAUGGACGAUGGGAAUAUAUCUGAGCUGACUGAAGAGCUCAAUGAUAUUCUUUAUGACUUCGAAGAUUUUGUGGAAGCCGACAGGUUCGACGCGGAUAGGUUCUCGGAGUUGUACGUGCUGUCAAGGAAAGCCGCACCACGAAUUAUUCAUAUCAUCAGUCGCAUGAAGCUAGAAUCAUCUCCAAUUCAGAACCAGACAACGUCUCCGGUCAAUGAGACAAUAUCACAGCAUGCAACGUCAUCUUUGCCAUACCCUGAGGGCCCCGAAGCGGACGAUCAGAUACAGGAUGCAAUGCGCUAUGUGCCCAAGCUGGACAUGAGUUUGGAAGAAACGCAAGAGGCAUUCAGACCAUCUUCCGUGGAAACACCACCACCUCUUCCUGCUAAAGACCCAUGGUCACGAACCUUCCACGUUUCAAAGCAUGGACUAGAUCGAACAACCCAACGCCCAGGAGCCACUUCGUCCUCAUCUGGCUUCGCUCCUGGGUCUGAUAUCCAGCUCGUAUACAAUCUAUCUCCGACCACAGCACAGGCAAGCCUAUCGCUACCUGUUGUGCCACCUCGGAGCCCAGCUCGACGCUCGACCAGUUACAAUAACAAUGACCAGCUCAUGCCUCCAACGGACCUUUCUGCAGCGAUGGCCAGAUACCGGGGGACAGAAGGUAUUAUAGGAUCAUCACCUAGGCUCAAUACCCGACCCUCCACCGGAAGCUCCACAGUUGUCUCCAGCCAGAGCUCCAUAUCGGAAUACCACCGUGGAAGAGACUCGUACCUUGAUGUUGUUAGCCCUGUUUCAGCUGUGAAUAGAGACUCGACUUCUGCCGAGAGAGAUGGACAAUUUCUGCAAGUACAGCCUCUGUUCGCGCGUCCGACCGCUGAAUCCUCGAGUUUGUCAACCAAUAAUGGCUUGGACAUUGUGGCAAAUUCCGUGCAAUAUGUGCCUGACGGGUUGAUUCCGGUGGAAGACGAAAUCAUUGAGUCUGCGCCUGUACCAGCAGACAGCAGUAUCGCCCUGAAUAGCUCGUUCUACCACUUCAGGGGAUUUUGCCAGGGUUCGAUGGAGAUAAUGCAAGGCGGCCUGGGGAUCAGGAAAAUAAAGAAGCAGGUGAGCCUACACACACUCGCAGCGCCUCUAAGCGCCGUGCUCACAAAGCUCCAGGGCCUAUCCGGAGGAUUUAAAGAGGUCGCCAAGUGCAAGUCGUGCCCCUUCGAACUUGAAUGGGGAGCUGUGGAGAGAGAUCUCAAUAAAGAGCCGAGCGAGAACUUCAAGUCAGCUGGGAUCGGCUUCCGCCUCCGUUUUCUCUCCAAAAGCCACAUUUCUGCGAAGCACGUCGGCGAUCAGAUCUACGGCUGCCUGUUCUGCAUCCAGCUUGGGCGUACAACUCACCCUAGCGAUGCCACGGUGUUCUUCAGCCAGAAGCAGAUAUUCAACCAUCUUGCGCGACAUCCUCGGCCCUUACCUCAUGUCCCGGGCCUGACGGUUGUCGAGACCGCUGACAUAGGACCUCAUGCAAACAGCUAUGACCUACAUUUCCUAAAUCCGCCACUGAAGUCGCACCUUGCAACCAUCAUGCGUGAUCUGGCCGCCCUGCCAAGUGCCACCGCCCUGCAGACCUAUAGGUCCACACCAACGAGCAGUGUGAAGAGGCCAACCGAUGGUCAAGAAGUUGUGAAUUUCGCUUCUGACCACCAAUACGCAGCGUUUCCAGCGGAUACUAUCAAGCUCGAAGAGCCUAGAAAGAGUGAGAUAAGACUGCAGGGGUCGAGCAGCAUGCGUGCGGUGUCAAGGUGGAAGUUUUCGGUCAGGGAUAAGUCAAGCGAGUGGCUCUCAUUCAGCAAGGGAGAGAUCAUCACAAACAUCGGCUGGUCUCACAAGGAGCACUGGUGCUGGAGCGGAACAAACUCAAAGGGAAAGACAGGAAUUUUCCCAAGGUCUCAUAUUGAACCUGGUUCACUUUUUGAGGCCACGAUGAUUACAGAUCGUUCGAGUUUCGUGAGCCAUGAGAAGAAGGCCGGGGUGUUCUCGCGAAUAUCUAUACGGCACCGGAGUGGUGGCUCAGGAGGUGGUGGCCUGUCGCCACAACAGUCGAUCUAUUGA